AUGGCCCCGCUUCAGGACAUAACGAACAGGCUAUCUCUUUCAGUACAGAGACCUGCGAAGCAGCCUCUGCUACGUCAGUCGUCCCUGCAAGACUUAUUCGCCAAGCCUGCGACACCGCGACAUGAACAGGAUGAGAGCGCGCUCAGGGCCAGCAAACGCAGGCGGAUCCUCACCGAACCAUCUGUGCUCGCAUCAUCAUCGUCUCCCGCGUCUGAUGAAUGCCAUCACGCGAUGCAAUGGGAAAGCACUCAGCCGACUUCGCCUCUUGCUCCCCAAAAGCAUCAACACGACUCUUCCGAUGAAGAGGAUGAUGACGCAACUGGUUGGGUGGAGCCAGUGCGGCAGCUACACACGCGCCAGAGUCUGCGCGCUUCGACGAAGCUUGGACCGGUAGCUUUGCUCGGCAUGUGCUCGACAAGCUCAGCUCGCUCUUUUCCUCGUGCUCUAGCGCGGCACACUCAUACAACGGCUCACCUGCUGAGCCUGUCCAGCUCGGCGAAUCUGGACGUUUAUAGACUUGUCGGUCAAGACCGAUCCGCUGCCGGACUGAUUUCGUCUGACUUUGCACCUCCAAUGGCGUGCCAAUUCUCUCAUGGAGCGAGGCGAGGUGGUGGCAAGAAUGUAUGCGCGGUUGUGGACGAGACUGGCAUCGUCACUUUUCUCGACGCGGAUGGCACCGUUGACACGGACCGAGAACAAGGCCGACAUGCCUUUUCAACUCACGAGAACGCCGUGUUCGCUCUGCAAUGGUCACCAGACGACUCUACCAUGCUGACUGGAUCGGGCGAUCAUACUGCAAGUCUGCAUGAUGUGAAGACGGGCAAUUGUGUAGGCGAAUUGGUGGGCCAUCAAGGCAGCGUCAAGACUGUUGAUUGGCAUCCACACGACCAUCAUCUUGUUGCGACUGGCUCUCGCGACGGUACUGUCAGACUGUGGGACGUUCGCGCGCCCGCGGCAGAUGGUAACGGCCUGCUUUGCGUCAAUCUGAUAAGGAAUGCGCAUUGUGAGCCCAAGAAGGGUAUGCGCGACAUCAUGCCUGCUGCUCGACGGUCUGUCACCUCUGUCACAUUCAUACCCAACCAAGACCAUCUGCUCGCGUCUGCCGGUUCGGCAGAUGGCAUGGUUCGCUUCUGGGAUGUGCGAAGACCGCAUUCAAAUCGUAUCAACCCCGACUACUUCCAAGUCGGGGCUGAUGUUGCAGCGCCUUCUUUGGCAAGCCUGCAAGCCUCUUCACUCACUUCGCCAUUGACAAUGCAGCGAUCUCACGGCAUUUCUAGCCUGACGGUCUCGCCGGUCAAUGGCCGUCUUUACGCCAUCAGUACGGCUAGCUACGCGUUCUCACUCGAUACUUGCCUUCUGCCUCUCGCGGGCAAUCUCAGCAAAAAGGACGUCCACGCUGGCGAUCUGGCUAUGACAGAUUUGCAGAUAUUCACGAGCCCUUCGCUCGGUUUCGGGGACUUCUACCGCGGUCUCACAGUCAGCACAGAUGGUCGUUACUUAGCGGCAGGCAGCACGACGGGUGCGCAUCUAUGGGACACUGCCAACGUGCGCAGCGCGAGGGACAUGUCAAACGAUGGCGGCGAACAGACUAACUUCGAGGCGGUAACCCUGGAUGCGGGUGCAGGCGAGGUGACCGGACUGGCGUGGGGCAGAGACGAAACACUCUUGACAAUACAAGAAGAUCGGUCGCUGCGUAUCUGGCGGCCGAGGCAGUGCGUCGAGCAGAACCCAGAGUAUGCACGGUCGAGCGCGGGUCAUACGUUUUUCGCGGCCCUCUAG